AUGUUCCUGUUAAAACAGACAGUUACAAGUAUUGUAUCGGUUGUCGACAAAACAAAGCAGAAAAAGGAAUAUCGGAAUAUCUCAACAUUGGGCAAUAUUGAAUAUUUGCAAAAAGCUGCAACAAAUUCUGCCGGACUUUUGACAUUGUACUACAAAGAACAGUUGGAUUCUAUUGACAUGAGCAAAAAAGUCGAAGGCAACCAUCGAUUGGCAACAUUUUUUACAUGGGCAAACAACAAACUCGACGGAAAACCAAGUGAAAAUACAAAGAGAAUUAGAAACUUUGCUCCGAAUCAACCGUUGGCCGACCAGUUAUGGCUUUGCGUUGCAAAGCAAGAUCCAAUGGUCAAAAUGAAAACAGAAACACUUGGGUUUGAAAUGGGACAACACAAAGUUCCACUGAAAAACGGAAAAUUCAUCCUAUUAAAACAUUUGUUUGGUUGUCCAAUUGUCGUGGCUGGAGGUGCGGUCUAUCAGUAUCAGCUGCCAUCAGAGGAAUCUACCGAAAAUGAUCCCACUCAGUAUGGUUAUGUUUACUUGGAUCCGUUCACUGACAAGAUCACUGGUCAAUUGAUUGUAGAAAUACGAAAGCUGAUAAAAAAAAACGAUCAGUCGGGAACACAUCCUCCAGACAUACUCGAUAAUGUUGGCUUGUUUCGAGAAGGCGGUGAAAGUACAAGUCUCGUUUACGAUGUAUUCGAUAUGAAACAAACGACAAUUUCACUCGCACAUUCGAUGCGGGAACAAAAUUUACUUGUUGAUCCUGAUCAGCUGAAACAUUCUGUACAAAAAGUUCGUUCGGACAUUGUCGAUGACGUGACAAUAGAAGUUAACGUACUUCGAGAGGAUUUUAAUGCAAAAGCAGCAUGGUUUCAAACAUCGAUCGAUGCAGCCUACGAAAAAAUUACGAAAGAUUUUGAAAAAUGUCAGGAAGAGUUGAGUGAAACACAAAAAGCCGAGUAUCGAACAGCGACAAGAAAACUGGUUGAUCAAGUCAAACAAUCUCAACAGCAGCUGGAAGCAGUAAUUAAAAAACGAACACAAGAAAUGGAACAAUUGUUGAAUAAAAAAUGUGAACAACAAGAUGUCAUCGUCCAAAAAGCGAAGCAAAAAUCCAUCGUCGCCGUUAAUACAUCAACAAAAGCGAAAGAAUUGAGUAUGACAAGUGAGCAGUCAGCGAAACAAUCAGCGGCACAUUCACAAAAGCUUGUUGAAUCAACCGCACAGCGUAAACAAGAAAUGCAAAAAGUCAUUGAUGAAUGUGUGAAAAAGGUCGAAAAAACGAUAGCCGAACAAAAACAAGCUUAUGAUAAAAGUCUAAGCAAAUUACAGGCAAAUGCCCGUUUGGAGAUGGAACGAAUGAGACAACAAGCCGAAAUAUUGACAUUGAAAGCAUCCGAAGCGGCGAAAGCAGCGGAUAAAUCUGCAAGCGAUGCUAAAACGACGCAAAAGAAUACAAACGAACAGAUCGGAGUUAUGAAAAAGGAACGGAAAAAGUUGCUCAAAGAAGUGAAAGAAGUCAGAGAAGCGAGUGAAAAGGCAGUCAGUCAUGCUCGCGAUGCCGAAAGAUCUGCGAAAAAAUCUCAAGAAAAAGUUGAAAAAAUGGCAAAAAAAACUAUAUUAGAGACGACUGAAUAA